AUGGGCAUACGCAGACCUUCUGACGAACACGUCUACCCUCAUGUAAAUGGUUCCGUGUCACCCAGUGGGCCGUCCCCGUCCACCUCACCAACUUAUCAAAUGCCAAACGGUCAUUUCUCCAUCAAUGAACGUGAACGACGUUCUCGUUCAUCCUCAGAUUCAAGUGUGUACUCAGCAGAACGACCCACCUCUUCUCCAAAGAGUCGUCCACUACCACCCCAAAUAUCAACGAAUGUGGGAACAAACGGAACUCAGAAUAGUAGUUUAACUCGUAAAUUUCAUGUAAUACAUAAAUCUGAGAGAAAAAUGAAGGAAAGGCAACAUCGUGUUUCGUUUGCUGAUAAGGAUAAUUCACCACAAGUUGGGAGUCCACCAAACGAAUAUGCAUAUAGUCCUUCUCCUACCACACCCAUACGCUCGGGGACACCGUCGCCAACUCAGACUCCAUCUUCAGAUCUUUCGCAAAGGACAUUGACACCAAAUUCACCUAAAACAUCAAGCAUUGUUCCCCCCCUUAGGGUUUCCUCCUUAAAUUAUCAAUUUCAAAGUCCAUCCAGUAGUAAUAGUAAUAAUAGCAACAAUAGUUCUGUUGCAUCAAACCAAAUGCAACAACAACAGAGUAAUAAAUCAGAAGACAAUCUAUCGAGCCCUCGCCCUUCAAGUCGAAAAGAAUCACCGCAAAAACCGCAAAAAGUGGACAGAGCGGACAGUUAUCCGUCAGUCACGAAACUUUUUUACGAUGUAGCAAGAAAUUUGCAGGCAACCCUUAAUCACACGAAUUUCUGUGUGAUCGAUGUUACCGGGAUUGAUGAUCCUGCUAAAAUAAAAAAUAAGAUUUUUGAUGCGUUGGAAAUUAAGGAUGAUAGGGAAAUAUAUAAUAUUCAUUUGACGGAAAUUGGUCAAAAGGAAGAUGGUCCUAUAAUUAACGACGAAGAGUUGGUUAAAAAAUGCAAAAAUGCUGAUAGGAUUGGCACGCUUAAAUUAUUUGUAAAGAAAAUGCAUGCGUCUGAGGAUGUACAUUAUUACACUGCAAUCGAGAGAAAUCCCACGAUAACUCAUCCACCAUUUACUACUACAAGUAUCGAGGUCAAACCAUUAAUUGAAUUUGUUGGUGGAUUUAGGCCAAAUUUGGUCCCAGAAAUACAACAAAAAAACGGUCAACAAAGAGCUCAUCUGUAUACCGAUGAACCAUCGGCUAUAUCUAUUUCAAUGCCUCAGCCUGUUAUUUACCAGCAACAACCGCAAAUACAAGGACACAGCAAUAAAAGUACACCUUUCUCUCUUCAACUUUAUAACCCAUGCGAAAACAUUGAUCGACAACAAUCGACACGGCCAGCUGUUAAAUUUUCAUCAAAUAAACUCCAACAUCCACCAAAUUUAACACCUGGAGCACCACCAAAAAUCAAUAACAUCAUCAAAAAUAUUGUUCAACAAUCAUCUCCGCUAUCAUCAAUAGCGAGUCAUCCAUAUCCUUCGUCAGGUAUAAAAAGGUGUUUAAGUGAGGAACAGAUUGGUCAAAAGAAAUAUAGUAAUUUUGCGCGAAUUCAAAAUGAAAUGCCAAUAAAGAAAUAUAAUAGUGUAGAAAAUUUUGAUCAACCGCCUAAAAAAACUUCCCAUGUACCCAAAUCAUCCUCAAAAAAUAUAUUAGGAAACUUUAAUAAUUUUGAAGAGCUACAACGUGAGCAUACAAUCAAUGCAAAUCUAACGGAGACUUGUUUCGUACAUUUAACAGAUAAUUCAACGACGGUAAAACCAACAGAAGAAGAAGAGCCUCCUCUUUGGGCUAUAAUAGAUCCUUCAACAAUUGAGGAGGAAGACAAGAUAGGCAAAAUAUGGAUUGAUAAACCAAUUAGCAAUCCGAAGCAAAAACCAACAGAAGAAGAAGAGCCUCCUCUUUGGGCUAUAAUAGAUCCUUCAACAAUUAAGGAGGAAGACAAGAUAGGCAAAAUAUGGGUUGAUAAACCAAUUAGCAAUCCGAGGCAAAAACCAACAGAAGAAGAAGAGCCUCCUCUUUGGCCUAUAAUAGAUCCUUCAACAAUUGAGGAGCAAGACAAGAUAGGCAAAAUAUGGAUUGAUAAACCAAUUAGCAAUCCGAGGCAAAAACCAACAGAAGAAGAAGAGCCUCCUCUUUGGCCUAUAAUAGAUCCUUCAACAAUUCCGGAUGGAGAAAAGAAGAGCACACUAUGGAUCAAUAAACCAAUUAGCAUUUCAAGCACUUCAAGCUCAAUCGAUACCACUUUAGUAAAUUAUCCUAUUAGUGAUAAUACUUUAACAAACAGUGAUGAAGAUGAAGAUCUCUUGAAUACACCUCCAAAAAGUUCUCGAGAAGAGACACCAAAGGAUCCAUCUAAAGUGAGAUUUGAUGUUCCAUCAAGUUCCCGUCCAGAACGCAGUAUUGCGCGAUCUGUAUCUAUGAGAAGAGGACUUAAAGAUUCUUGGGUUGUGAGACCUACAGUUGAGGAUGUAUAUGAGGAUUUACAAGAAUAUUUCCCUGAACAUGAUCUUGACAAAGAAAUUGAUGGAACAGAUAGCGGCAUAAUUCAUCACACAAAUAAUGAUGGAGAAACUAUGCCAUCUAUGACUACCUCUACUAAUUCAACUGGGAAAAAAAAAUUGGCUCGCGGAAGAUCAAUUCGUCAUGUUGCAGAACAAAUUGUGAAUCGUGAACGCCAGCAAUGGGCAAUUGCUACGACAGCAGUACAAGCAAAUACGAAGUUAAAGAGAAAAAUCACAAAAAUAUGGGGAACUCGUACAGAACAAGUAAAACCAGGACAAUCUUGGACCUCUCAACAAGGACAGUCAAUUGAUGAUAAUAAUAAUAAAACCCCAGAAGAAAAAACAGUACCUAAAAUAAAAUGGGCGAGAGGUGCAUUAAUUGGAAAAGGUACUUUUGGAAAAGUAUAUAUCGCUUUCAAUUUAUCAACCCAAGAAAUGAUAGCAGUCAAGCAAGUGGAGCGGCCAACUACUGCAUCUGAUAUGCUGAGUGAAAGACAAAAUAGUUUGGUUCGAUCAUUUUACGCUGAAAUGAAUCUUUUGAAAGUUUUAGAUCACGAUCAUAUUGUCCAAUAUCUAGGUUAUGAGGAAACCCCAGAGGCUUUGAAUAUUUUUCUUGAAUACGUGAAUGGCGGGUCUAUAGGAACAUGCCUGAAAAUAAAUGGCAAAUUUCAAGAACCUGUAGUGCGAUCUUUUACUCGACAAAUACUUCUUGGGCUCGAGUACUUGCACGAGAAGAGUAUUCUUCAUCGGGACAUUAAAUCUGACAAUAUUCUCGUGAAUGAAGACGGGUGCUGCAAAAUUUCGGACUUCGGUAUAUCAAAGAAAAUUAAUCAUGCUUAUGCUUACGAUAAUCAGUCAAAUAUGUCACUACAAGGAACCAUAUUCUAUCUUGCGCCUGAAGUAUUCACAGAAGGAUAUAGUGCUAAAGUCGACAUAUGGAGCCUAGGGUGUGUCGUAAUAGAAAUGUUUACCGGUAAUCGACCUUGGGCAACAUUUAACGAUCUAACUGCAAUGUACAAGAUUGGUAAAGAAAAGAAACAUCCACCGAUACCUAAUGAAUCUAUGAUAUCACCAGAAGCUAAAGAUUUUUUAGAACGAUGUUUUAUUAUAGAUCCAACAAAACGACCAAGAGCUGAAGAAUUGUCGGAACAUCCAUUCGUGAGAGAAGAUCCUAAUUUCCAGUUCAAGAAAUAUAUCAAAGUACCACCAAUAGUACCAUCUAAAUAA